AUAAAAGCAACUAUAACAUACAAGACUAAAUAUAACUAGAGAUAAAUAAUAUUGAAUGAGAAUAGAAAAGUACAACUGAUAUACACAUAGAAGUCGAAAAGAAAGAAUUGAAACAAAACGUAAAAAGAAAUUACAUCUUAGGAGGGGAGCAAUCGCUUCCCGAUUCCAGAGUCGUGUCGAUCGUGUUCUCCCUCUUUUCUCAUUUCUUUGUUAAUCACGGAUGAUCAUUCUUAUUUAAAAAAAGAAAGAAAAGAAAGAAUACUUGGCAUAGUGUUACGAAACAGUUAUAAGUGACUCAGUACAUGAAAAAAACUCUUGUAUUAUUAAUAUUAAUAUAAAGAAAAUACGAGACAUCCGGGAGUUUUAAUUUUUUGUACAAAUCAAGUAUGUUUUUGUAAAAUAUUGUAUGCAUCUUAAUGUUUAUAUCAUAUGCAUACUCGUUUUCGUUUCAAUUUGUUUUUCUUUAUACAUUUACGACGAGGAUAUGAUAUAGCAAGAAAAUGCACGAAUCCAAACAAAAAUUUCUAUGAGAAAUAACCUUUAUAUUUAUUUUACGACUCAAAGUAAAAAAAUCUCAGUGGACGAGUUGAAGGCACUUCUCUUUCCCAUCCAGGGAUAAAAGAUACAUAUUUGCAACUCAAAAAUAUAUACCUACAUUUUGUGAUUAGAUUAUUGCCAUUAUGGCUCUAAAAUUUGCCAGUAAUCUCUCCUUUAUGUUUACCGAGGUUCCAAAUAUUAUUGACAGAUAUCAAUUAGCUAAACAAGCAGGAUUUAAAGCAGUCGAAAGUGGAUUUCCAUUUGGUUUUUCUAUUCAACAAGUUGCUGCAGCCAAAAAAAAGGCAGAUGUCGACCAAAUACUUUUAAAUGUAUUUACAGGUGAUGUCACAAAAGGAGAAUUAGGUUUUGCUGCAAUCCCAGGCGAAGAAGAAAAUUUCAAGAAGAGUAUUGAAAAGACAAUAGAAUAUGCAAAAGCUUUGGAUUGUAAAAUGAUUCAUAUAAUGUCAGGAAAGGUAGACACUCCUACCGCUGCUAAUGAUACAAUUUAUGAGAAGAAUCUGUUGUAUGCUGUUGAAAAAUGUCAAAAAGAGGAUAUUGUUGUUGUCAUUGAACCAAUUAAUAAUUACAGUGUACCAAAUUAUUAUAUGAAUAAUUUUCAAAAAGGUUUAAACUUGGUAAAGAAGAUAAACAAUGAACACUUUAAACUGAUGAUGGAUAUUUUUCAUUUACAACAUUGUUGUGGUAAUAUUACAAAAUGCAUUCAAGAUUUUCUACCUUAUGUGGGUCAUAUUCAAAUAGCUCAAGUUCCUGAUAGACAUGAGCCAGAUACUCCAGGAGAAAUUGAUUACAAAUAUGUCUUGUCUUUAUUGGAAAAAAUGGGUAUACUGGCUAUAUUGGUCUGGAAUAUCGACCAAAAUCAUUGA